AUGGCACCACCACCAGACCACAAGAUGGGCCAGCUUGCUUUAGACAAAAAGAGAUUCUCUUGUGAGGGCGAUAAGGAGACCAAUACGCUUAUCAGUCCCAAGUUCCCCACCUUGACGUACUGGGAUGAUUUCAUGCCUUCGAUCAUUACUUAUGGGAUACGAAAAGAGCAAAGCAUUGAUUAG